AACUCGUCGUACACACACAACAGGAUAACAAAUUAGUUCUUGAAAAUUGCACUUUUAAAAGACAAUUUUCCAAUGUACAACAUUGUAAGAUAUUUAAUAAGUGUUUAAGCCUCGAAACACUUGGUAGUCCUGCAUAAUCUCCAUCGUUGGAACGGAAAUUCGCACUAUUAAAAUGCGUGGGUUAGUGGAGGAUGCAAGGAAAACCAAGAUGUCGCAGGCGAACAACAACAAUAACAGUAUGGGUCGUAUCAAAGCAACAACUGGAAUGAGCGCAGGUACGUCCAGGCAAACGAAAGGCGCAAUUAGGACACCAACAACACCAACCACACCAUCAGUUGUCGCUAAGAAAACGCCGCAGGGUAUGCAGCAACAACAACAAGUUGGCAAGCCCGUAAAAACGGGUGCGUCAUCGACUGUAAGCUCCAGCGCAAAGUCAGCAGCGAAAGCACAAAAGGGUCAGAAUCCACCACCACAAAAGCAGACAGCUGUUACCGGGAACACGACAACAGUAACAGCAACAUCAGCAACACCAACACCCCCAACAAAACCACAGACAGUGCAAUUGCAGCCGUACAACAACAACACCAGCAGCAAUAACAGCAACAGCAACACAAUUGCUUUGCCAAAAGCGUCGCAUGCCAAUACUAGCGAGGAGUUGGCCGGCGGUGUGCAGGACACCAUAUAUUUGUGCAACUUUCGUGUUUCUGUCGAUGGUGAAUGGCUGUGUCUGAAAGAGCUGCAGGAUAUUGAUGUGGCCCAUGGGCAAAAAACUGUUGGCGGCGGUGCAGCCCUAAUUAACACUACAGUUGGUUCUGCGACUGCUGGAAAUGCUGCUGCUAGUGCUGGUAGCGGCGGGAUAAUGCGACGUCACCAAUCAUCAACUAAUCAUCAGUUUGGCCAACGGAACAGUAAACGCUUCUCGAGCUUGUCAACAGCCAGCAGCACACUUGAGGAUAAUGGUAUUAUGGCAAUUGAAAAUCUAAUCGGUCGUCGUCUGUGCGAUGUUGCACUCGCAUCAGCACAGCCGCCACAGAAAAAUGUGGGCCUUAUUGGUGGCACACUUGCCGAUUGGUCGCAUCUCUCACGUGAUACGGCGGAGAUUGAGCGGAGCAAUUUGGUCAACAUUUGCAAACUGGUGGUUAAGGAGCUGUUGGAGCAAUCGCUGCGCUAUGGACGCAUGUUGGACUCGGAUCAUUUGCCGCUGCAACAUUUCUUCAUCGUCAUUGAGCAUGUGCUGGGACAUGGCCUACGACCCAAGAAGGGUUUGCUGGGACCACGCAAGGAGCUCUGGGAUCUGCUGCAGAGCGUUGAAAGCUAUUGUCCUGAGGCGCAGGAUAUAACAGCCAGCGUGCGUGAUUUGCCCACUGUGCGCACGCACAUAGGACGAGCACGCGCUUGGCUAAGGAUUGCCUUGAUGCAAAAGAAAUUAGCGGACUAUUUGCAGGCGCUCAUCGAGCAUCGUGAGGAUUCGCUGUAUGACUACUACGAGCCACAUGGGCUCAUGAUGAGCGAUGAGAUUGUUGUUAUAAUGGGAAUUUUGGUGGGCUUGAAUGUGAUCGAUUGCAAUCUAUGCGUCAAGGAGGAGGACUUGGACUCGCAGCAAGGCGUCAUUGAUUUCUCGCUUUAUUUGCGCUCCAGCUCACGCAAUGCUGAGCCCAACGAGGACUCGAGCGUAACUGCUGCUGCGCCACUAGAUGCUACUGGUCAGGGCAAUAUGAUUGCAGUGUUGGAUCAAAAGAAUUAUAUUGAGGAGCUGAACCGUCAUCUCAAUGCUACUGUUGGAAAUUUGCAGGCCAAAGUGGAAUCGCUGACCACCACCAAUGCACUCAUGAAGGAGGAUCUGGCCAUAGCGCGAAAUAGUCUGCUAGCUCUGCAGGCAGAAAAUCAAGCCAUGAGGCAGUCUGCAAGUCAGGGGCAGUCAGACAGCAACUCCACUGGCAGCGACAAGGAGAAGUCACCGCAGCUUGAGGCAGCAUUGGCGGAGGAGCGUAAGAAGAGCGCUGAGCUGGACAAGGAACUAAAGCUGCAAGUGUCACUCAAAGCAGAGUCUGACAUGGCCAUGAAGCUGCUGGAAAAGGAUAUACACGAGAAGCAGGACACAAUUGUUUCGCUGCGUCGUCAGCUGGAUGACAUUAAGCAAAUCAAUUUGGAAAUGUAUCGCAAGUUGCAGGAAUGUGAAGAUGAACUCACACAGAAAGGCGAGAUGGUCUCUCGUUUGCAAACGAAAGCCUCACAAAUUGGUAACAUUUUACAAUCGUUAGAAAAGAAAUACGAAUCCAAGCUCAACGAUCAGCAGCAAGUGAGCGCCGCCUCACCUACCACGCGGCGUCAACAGAAUCUCCAGAAGUUUGAGGCUCUCACAAAGAAACACAAGCAGGACACUGGGCCGCCCAUGAAGCGUAUGCAUCUUAAAAUGGACGGCAUUCCACCGUUUAAUCCCAACAACUAUCGCAAAUCUCCCGCUGGUGCAGCUCCACCUCUAACAGCCGCUGAUCAAGAUUCACAGAAGACCCCCACUUCAGCCAAAUCACUUAACGAUGAGCUGGCCGAGGCAGCUGCUGCCGUCACACAGCAUUUCAAAGGUGGCGGCGAUGGUUCAAGAAGCGACUACGCCUUAUCCGUGGAUACAGCUACGCUUGAUGAUGUCUAAGCUCUACUAUUGGUCAUCAGAGGAGCUGUGCACUCAAAUUGCUGAGAUUAAUACACGCAUAUGUUUUUGUAUCUCAUAAUUCCUAAUUGUACGUUGCCUUCAAUGCGGAGAGACCUCUAGUCAUUUGUUGCCAUUUGCGCGUUGGCUUAAGAUUAUAAUAAACUUGUUGCAAAUUAACAGAAAUUAUAUUUGCCCCUUUCCCGCAUAAUAUCAAACUCCAAAUUACACCCAAACCAAAGUUAUAUGUAUAGAGCUGAUUUAUUAUAUUAUACUUGUAUUAAAACAAUAUUAUAAACGCUAACCAAAUACUCUCUCGCUUAAUUUAACAUACUAACCAUGUAAUUAUAUAAAUAUGUAUGUAUAUGUUUCUAUACAUGUUGAACAGAAGCUACUAGCUGUAACAUAAUCUAAUUCAAUGCAAAAUAAAACUUAUCC